GACACAGAGCUGUACCGAAACGCGGGAAGGAAGACUUCGAGUCUUCUGGAUACGUUUGGCAUACCUUCUGCAGCCUUCAAGACCGGUCUUCAAUUUGACCGAGGUGGUAAGCGCAACCCGAAACAGUAUGUACCUUAUAUCUAUCUCACAAUACAGCUAACUCACUACAGACCUGAAGAUGUCACCAAUCGGCAUUUGUUACUGUACAAUGGCGUCAUCGACUAUGUUCCUGGUCUCAAGAGUGAGCUCGACCACAUAUCAAGCAAAAAACUCAACAUGAUCAUUGCAAUGGUAUCGAAGGGUAUGAGCGAUGGCAGAUCUGCAGAUCUGAGCUCCGUCAAGCACAAGGGCCUGCAAUCCAUUGGGCUAAAUAUGUAUAGUAAGGCCGAUGCUCUUGACCCGCCAAUUCCAGAAAUCGAGGAUAAGUCGAUGUGUGGGCUCAAUCACCCACAGUUGGCUUGUUUACUUUGCCCUCGGAAGAAAUUGGAUUGCGCUAUGGCUGCCUUGCAAGCUGGCGAAAUCACCAUGAUGGCACACAACUGGCCAACAUUCUUUUAUGAACAUGGCAUUUACGAUGCUGCUGAGAAGACACACGGCCUGUUUCGAAACCACAUUGUUCUGAGGUUUUAUAAACAUCUUUUUAUUGGACCAUCAUCCAUCAUGAACGAUGCAUCAAAUGUCCGCAACUCUGUGAAGCCAUCCAAAAAUCGUGCAUGGGGACUGACAGCUGUCAACAAAUACAUCAUCACAUAUGUUCACAUUAUCACACACUUUACGAUCAGCAGCGCUCAGCACUGGACACAGUGUAUUGGUGACAUGGACUUGGAUGAGCUCCUCUGGGCCAUCAUUGAAAUGCUAGACGACGACGACGAUCCAUGGGUCAAAGACACCCUCGUGUGGUGGAACAGGUACAUUUUU